CCAGGCGAAUGUUACACAACAAAUCUCGAACAUCUGUGCAAAAUUAACAUAAAUGCGCCCGGGCAUACAUUUCGAAAAACCGGAGUAAUCUGUACCAUUGGCCCAGCAUGUCAAAGUGUGGGAAAACUGAAAGAAAUGAUGACAGCUGGCAUGAACAUCGCACGUCUCAAUUUCAGUCAUGGAUCAUACGAGUAUCACGGCGAAACCAUCAAAAAUGUGCGAGAAGCGGCACAGAGCUUCCCUGAGAAAAUGCUUGUUGCAAUUGCUCUGGACACCAAAGGACCCGAAAUCAGAACCGGGCUUAUUGCCGGGGUACGGCUACUAUAUUUGUAUAAUGGCGCGAAAUACUUGACUGCGCAGGCAGCCAAUAAGCCAGUAAAUGCGGGAUUUAUAGUUAAUGACAAAAGGCACCGAGCAAAUGAAAAGAAAGGCUUGAUUGCUAUCAAAUACAGAAAUAUAUUUCAGUCGGCAACGGCGGAAGUGGGACUUAAAAAGGGCGAAAAAAUCAGGCUGACGACGAAUUGCGCCAUGGCAACAAGAUGCACGGCUCAGGUUCUGUAUGUCGACUACCAGAAUAUCACGAAAGUACUGAAGCCAGGCGCUCAUGUCUACAUCGACGACGGACUCAUUUCGCUCAUGGUUGAUAGCAUCCAAGGGCAAGAUAUAAUGUGUACGAUCGAGAAUGGAGGAAAACUCGGCAGUAAAAAAGGCGUCAAUCUGCCCGGAACGAAAUGCGACCUGCCAGCUGUUUCGGCCAAAGAUACCAAGGAUUUGCAGUUCGGUGUGGAACAGGGUGUGGAUAUGAUAUUUGCGUCGUUCAUCCGGAACGCGGACGGCAUCCGAGCAAUCAGACGUGUCCUUGGUGAGAAAGGACAUCUCAUCAAAAUUAUCGCCAAAAUCGAAAAUCAGGAAGGUGUCGACAACGCGGACGAGAUAAUCCGGGAAGCAGACGGACUGAUGAUUGCACGCGGUGACCUGGGCAUCGAGAUCCCUGCCGAAAAGGUGUUUGCGGCGCAAAAGAUGUUAAUUGCGCGCUGCAAUGUUGCCGGGAAGCCAGUGGUUUGUGCCACACAGAUGCUUGAGUCGAUGACCAAAAAGCCGAGACCAACACGCGCUGAAGGCUAG